ACGCAGGGUUGUCCAAGAACGAUUGAAGACCGUCGUCGGUGGCAGGCUGGCAGCAGCAAGGUGCGCAGCCAGUCAGGGAAGAGGGGAGUGGCUGCCAUCUUGGACAACUGCUGCUCUGUGUUUAUGCCGUUUUACGCUUAUUUUUCGGCCAGCACUCGCAGACAGAGCCCCAACCAAUGUCUCAAUGGACCCGUCGUCCAUCAUUACUCAAGUGUCGCGCGAUGACGACCAGUCCAACACCAUUCUAGCCGACGAAAAAGUUCAGCUUCCAGUGGUUGACGGGGACGGCUCAAGUCAAGGUUCCAGUGUAAAACAGAGAAAAAAGCCUCGCCGAGGCCUCCUCCGGUCUCUCUUCUGCUGUGUCCGCAGACAAGAUAGGAGCGAUGCGUCUCCAAAGGGUUCCUCGCCCCAGGCAGGGGGCAACGGUGGUCUGGGCAACGCCGACGGCCGCUGCUCGCCAUCGCUCUCGCCCAACUCCAACUCCGGGGGCCAGAUGUACCUGCUGCCACCCGUCCGGCACCAGGACAUGCACAGAAAGUGUAUGGUCAUUGACCUUGACGAAACGCUUGUCCAUAGUUCUUUUAAGCCUAUAAGCAAUGCUGACUUCAUUGUUCCUGUGGAAAUAGAUGGGACAGUGCACCAAGUCUACGUGCUGAAGAGGCCUCACGUUGAUGAAUUCCUUCAGCGCAUGGGAGAGCUCUACGAGUGUGUCUUAUUCACCGCAAGCCUUGCAAAAUAUGCUGAUCCGGUAGCCGAUUUGCUGGACCGGUGGGGCGUCUUUAGGGCUAGACUCUUCCGAGAGUCCUGCGUGUUUCACCGAGGCAACUACGUCAAAGACCUCAACAAGCUUGGCAGGGACCUUCAUUCUGUGAUUAUUGUGGAUAAUUCGCCAGCCUCUUAUAUAUUCCACCCAGACAAUGCUGUACCUGUGGCAUCAUGGUUUGAUGAUAUGACCGAUUCAGAGCUUAUGGACUUGAUUCCAUUCUUUGAAAAACUGAGCAAGGUCGAUAGUGUGUACAAUGUGCUGUGCAACUCAAACCACCCAUACCACCACCCGGGCGGGUUGGCGGCGUCUUCACAGGCCUCCUCCACCACAGGCAGUUCCCCAACUACGAGCGCAGCGCCGCUGUGCGGCUCAGUGCUUGUGGCCUCGUCUUCAGUGCCCCAAGCUCAAGCGGCCGCCUCAUAGCAGCUUCUACUCCACAGGGGCCCUUGCUGAGGAACCUCCCGGCAAGCAAGCGAGCCAAAACCUCCAGCAAAAGCUUUUAUUUCCCCGUAGAAGCCCGUGGCUGAAUUCAAGAGGUGCCGCCUCACAUUUUACUAGCUGACGACAAAAUACCCAAUUGGCUCACAUUUUUACCGAAAAACCAUAUAUAUUUUAAACAACACAAUUGUGGAUUUUAUCCUAUUUUAAUCAUUGACCUUGGUGACCGUCCCUCUCGUUUUGCGACUUGGACAAUUAAAAUUUACUCAAGCACAAAAUUUAGAUUGGCCGCGGCAGGCCCCUUGUUCCAGCUUGUGAGCUGCUCUUAAAGUAGUGGGGUUGAGACAUCCAGGGUAACCUAAUUUACUGUGACUGUUGAGUUGCAUCAAUAUUUUUCUGGGAGUGUAACUCUGGGAAAAACACAUUGAUCUACAUCCUCUGUUUUGAGGACGAGCAUCACAUUGAUGAUUAUUCUCCCAACAGUUAAAAAAAAUUCAUGUAACAACCUAUAAAUUAUGUAUGUUAUAUUCGACUGUAGUGCCUGUCAACUGUUGAACAUUACUCUGAUCAAGCGUCUAGCUGGCCAAGGGCAAUGUUUCUUACUUUGUUACAUGCAAUUAGUUUCCAAGUAGUUAUUUACUGCUUUUUAAAGCAAUCUGAUUUUACAUCAACAACGACGGCUGCUUUGUUAGCAACUAAAUUUGUUCAAAAAUCUCCGGUGGGCAUUUUCUAAAUUUAUGUCACGUAUUUGAUUUUAACACUUUGAUUUGUCUUGAAACAUGAACCUUUUUGCAGUGCCAACUUUUUUGAAUAAUGCAUUUUUUCCAAUCAUGAGCAGCACCACAAUUAUUGUUACUUAUGUGUUAAUGAAUUGAUUAACUGCCAGGCUCUGUAAUGGUGUAGUUUGGCCGAUCUGUGUUUGGAAUGUUUCGAAGCUGAUGUGAAUUAGUAGGUUCAUGUCUAUUGAAAUGUGCCUGAACGACUCUUGCGUAGUAACUAAUUAAAGAGCAAACAACACCACCCAGUGUGGUUUACUUAGCUCUCAUGUGCCAAUUGUAUUACGUUGUAGACAGAAUUUGACGCAGUUCAAUUCACCUGCCUUCCAAAUCAGAUCGCGGAGUGUCCAUUGACGGGACGAAAAUCAUGACUUAUUUCCCAUAUUAUUGUUUGUUUUAGGUUUCCAAGCGUUUUGAACUGACAUGAAAAAAAAUUUUUGCCGCAGCAAUUUUAACCAAAGCAGUCUUACCUCAUUUUAAAAUUGAGACCGGCAUCAGGCUCAAAAUUACAAAACUUCAGAACUGUUGUUGGGUUUGCCUCUAUAUAGAAUUUAAGGAAGAAUUGUCAUUUUCCGCAGGCAGUAGUGAACUGAAUUUAACAUUUUGAUAUGUUUUAAUCAUACCCAGAAAUUUUUAAAAAUGAUAUGAAAAUUGGCUCAAUUGCUCUGCUUGUGCAAUUUUUUUUUAGCAAACCCACGCAAAGUUUUGGCUUUAGCAAAUUGAUAUUAUUGAGUGACUGAUGUGGGAAACUGACUUGUGUGUGAAAGUUAGUUUAGAAUAACUCGUUGAACAUUUCCUAUAUUCCUCUCAUAAUUCCCUAGUUGAUAAAGCAUACCUAAAGUCUAUGGAUAUAUUUAAUGGAUGAUUAAAGAAGUAAAAAUAUAAUCAAUCGAAUCAAGUACCAUGAGGGGCCUUAAAGUAAUUAUACACAAUAUUAUUAGUUUAUAUUUUUACGGAAGAAAAGAAGGCGCGGAUACCAUUUAACAUUUUUGAUAACCAGUUGAAAUGCUUUAAUACAAGUAAAUGUGUAUAUUACUAUUAAAAAAUGACUUACAUUUGAGCUACUUUUUGGUACUGCUGCGAAUGCUUGGUUUUUUUACUUCUCCUUGUCGCCGCCCCCUAUAUUGUAUUUUGCGUUUAGAAGAGUCGCUGUUCCUUGCAAUUAGGAUUUCGAUCUGUGCCCUUUAUUACAAUUAACGUGUAGAUUGAUUAUUUCAAAUAUACUUUAUAACUAUUAUUAAACUGUACUUUGUGUUAUUCAUAAUUUGUAAAAUAUUUAUUUUAAGGCGCUCCGACGAGAGUAUGGCAUGUCAAAGUUGUUUAAUAUGUCCAUGGUGAUUACAAUACUUUUAUUUUGAAUGGAGAAGUUUAAAAGGAAACGCGCGCGAUUAAUAUUAUGUUAUUUUGCAGAAAGUUUCAAAUCUAAUAUAAUUAUUUUUCAUUGUACAACAAUGUGAAAUUGUUUUUAUUUCCUUUUUUCUCUCUCUAUCGCUUUUGUUUACUUAGCAAAUGAAUCAAUGGUAAGCUAACUAAUUAUUUUGUCUAAUUGCGUUUUUGUAGUCUGCAAGAAUAUAAUUAUUGCCAUUUCUCCAUUUUUGUUACAAAUUGUUUGUUGGUCUAUCUCUCAUAUUGUGCAGAUUUUUGUACCAACUCUUGGCUGAUGUAAAAAAUUGUAUUUACCGUAGACUAUAUAUAACGUCCAAUUAAUUACCUAUAUAUAUCACUUCAUAAUUGUUUGUCAUUUUUCAACUGUCAUUAUUAUUAUUCUUUCUAAAUAGAGUCCUGAUUUCUGAAAUUAUAUAUAUGCUUUUUGUUUAGUUUGUCUAUCGAUCACGAGUACAAAUUUAGCUUUUAUGUAGUUUGUUUUGCCAUCAGUAAGGUUUGAUUUCUCUCUAAAUCUUAAAUUUCCUAAGAUGAUUUUUGACAAGACUAUUAGGAUAACUCAAAGAACAUUUUUCAGCAACACAAACCAAAAUGUGCCAUUAAAAUCAAAUCAAUUUGGCUCGAGUUAAAAUCUUUUUACCAAUUUCCUCCCAUUAAUAAAAAUUUUCAUUUUAUUCUUAAAACAUAAUCAACUGCAAUCAAAUAAUUAGACGCGCACACCUGACGUACGUAGUUAAUGAGAUUUUGUCACCGCAAGUUGAUUACGACUGUUGUUGCAAAAGGGAUUAUGUUUUAUUAUAUUCGGAUAGCGCGGAUCAGCUUUAAGCAAGUUGAACAAUAAUUAAUUUGGAAAGAAACCUACUUAGACUAUUUAUUACUGUUGGACGGGUGCAGAGAAGCCCUCUCGGAUGCACUGGAGAUGUCAAUUCAUAAUGAAUUUUUAUUUUUUAACUUGACACAGUAAAAUAACCGUAUAUACCGCCAGUAGAGACGAUGAGCAUGGUCCAAGCAUCAACGCAUUUACGAUUAUAAAAAACUAAAAAAAUCUUAAACCAAUAAUCAUCAUUAAUGUCCUUUUAGCGAACAGAAUUCCUUUAUUGAAAGAAAAGCGUCUUUGUUUUCUACUGCUUGGUGGUUAAAUGUGCAUUGUAAAGGCCGAGUAUGUUCUACGUGCUGUUAUUCAUGAAUGGGUCAAAUCAAACUACACGAAAUGCUCACAAGAAUCAGCCGUUUGGAGAGAAAAAAUCAUUCAUAUCUUACUGUAUAAUAUGAGUUGAUAAAAAUAAAAAUAUUCCUAUAUAAAAGUC